UUGAAGUCACGUAGUUAAAAGCCAAAUAAGUCCUGAUCCCUUAUUAGUAGUGGUGGCCAUAAAAUUAAUGAUCAAAUAAGUAACCCUUAUUAGCAGUCGGUGUGGAUUCGAAAAAUAAUAAUUUAAGUACUUCAUGAUUCAUAAUUGUUUUGGUUGUUUUAACUUUUACCAUAAAGCAUGAAUUGAGGUUAAGGAGGCGGUGUCGACAGCAAUAUGCAUAAACACAUAAGUCAUACGCCAAUUUAGCACAGACAUGAAGAUAGUCCCUACAAGAUGACUGAGUCUGUGACAAUGAUAACUUGUAUACACACUUUAUUCGAGCAUUAGAGACAUAAACAAGCUUUCAUGUCAUGAGUUUUCUUUUCGCUUACUUCCAUGGACUCUAACAAUAACAACACCUCUUUUAUGUCGAGGUCGAGCUCUCUAUCAAUAGCUGAACGUAUCUGUACAGCUUGUCUACCGUUCAUAGCCAUCAUAGAGGCUCUAGGAAUCUCUAUCGUUGGCUGUUGCGAGACUCUGCAACCACCUAAGAAAUGCCGCUUAGCCAUCAGCGAUCUGGCUCGACUCGCUAAUGAAUCUCGAUUUAAUGUUAACGAAGUGGAGGGUUUGCAUGAGCUUUAUGAUAAUUUGAGUUGUUCGAUUAUCAAAGAUGGGUUGAUUCACAAGGAAGAGCUCCAGUUAGCACUCUUCCAUACUCCACAUGACGAGAAUCUUUUUCUGGAUCGGGUUUUUGAUCUUUUUGAUGAAAAGAAAAAUGGUGUCAUUGACUUUGAGGAAUUUGUUCACGCACUCAGCGUCUUUCAUCCCUAUGCCCCAAUGGAAGAGAAAAUUGAUUUUGCCUUCAGGCUAUAUGAUCUGAGACAAACAGGGUUUAUUGAGCGGGAGGAAGUUAAGCAGAUGGUAGCUGCCAUGUUGAAUGAAUCCGAUAUAAUAUUGCCAGAUGACAUUCUUGAAUCUAUCAUUGAGAAAACAUUUGCUGAUGCUGAUACUGACAAGGAUGGUAGAAUCAAUAAAGAUGAAUGGAAGGCAUUUGUGAUUCGUAAUCCAUCCCUCUUGAAGAUCAUGACUCUUCCUCAUCUAAUGUAUGCCCAGUUUUUGAGGUUGAAGACUGAAAAUCCAACAUGCUUUCGACCUUGGUGGUUUAGUACAUAAGAAGCUAUUGGUGAGUUUACUGUAGAUGAUGUAAAUAUACCAAAAUGAAUAUAAACUACAGAACUAGUCAUAGUCAAUCAAUCAAAUAUUGCAAGGUGUAUAAUGUAGAUGAUGUAAAUAUAAAGAUAUUUAAUUUUGGGUAAGUGUAAUAAUCAAGCGAGUGGUUGAAAUUCAGAGGCAUCAUUGACAUUAAGGUUUGGACGAUAGCCAAAUCCAAACCUUAUAUUAGUUUUCCGUUUGAAAAUUAUAUAAGUUAUUCCAUUCAAAAUAAUUAGAGUAUGAUGUUU